GCAGUUGCUCCGCCGCUGUCGGCGCGGGAGGUGGUGCUUGAGUGUGCGGCGUGUUUGUCGGGUGAGGGGAAGACGAGGGAGUGCCUUCUGUUCAGGGACGGCAGCCUGUCGACACUAGCUCCUCGCCAGCCGCAAGAGACGACCUCGCCGCCGCCAUGCACGUGGGCGGAGUUCCCCUGCUGUGGCUCCUGCUAGUCGCCGGGGCCAUCCCGCUGCUGGCGUCCUACCGCCCCUUCAGGACCGAUAGACGGCCGAGGGUGUACGGGGACCGAGUGCCCAAGAGGGCGCUCAGCACCUCGCACCGGCGGGUCCAGAAGAAGAUCGCCUCCUACCACAACUUCUUCCGCAGCCGCGUGUCGCCGCCCGCCGCCGACAUGCUCGCCAUGACGUGGCACAAGGGGGCGGCGCGCGCCGCCCAGCGCUGGUCCGACCAGUGCCUCAUGCUGGUGCACGACGACGUGAUGGGCCGCUGGCAGGACGACUUCGGCACUUGCGGCCAGAACAUCUUCAUCUCCACGCAGCAGGUGCCGUGGUUCUUCGCCAUCAAGAUGUGGUUCCUGGAGAAGUACAACUUCACGUACGGCUCGCAUCACAACGACCUGGAGGUGGUGGGCCACUACACGCAGAUGGUGUGGUCGGCGACGCACCGGGUCGGCUGCGGCUUCACCAAGUGCCAGCGCGGGGGCAUCCGCGGCAAGCCCUUCUUCAACUACGUCUGCAACUACUGCCCCAUAGGUAACUACCGCGACCGACUGGGGCGACCCUACAAGAAGGGCAAACCGUGCUCCAAGUGCUCGGCGCACUGCCGCCAGGAGAAGCUCUGCACCAACGCCUGUCCCACCGCGGACCUGUGGGCCAACUGCCGCGACCUCAACUCCACGUGGCACAACUGGCUGUGCAACGACCACACGGCGGGCGGCCGCGAGCGCCACGGUUUCUGCAAGGCUACCUGCGGCUGCAAGGGAAGGAUAUUCUGAGGACCUUCUCCCAGACUUCAGAGAAACAUCUCCCGCACUUGUGAGAAACAUCUUCUGGACUUCAGAGGACUAUCUCCCCGACUUCAGAGGACCCUCUUCCGGACUUCUGAGAACCAUCUCCUGGACUUCAGAAAACCUUCUUCAGGACUUACGAGUACCAUCUUCCAGAAUAUCUCCCAGACUUCAAAAUGUCCUCUUCAGGACUUCCGAGAACCAAUUCCUUGACUUCAGAAGAUUCUCUUCAGGUCUUAUGAGGACUAUCAUCUCGACUAUCUCCAAAACAUCAGAGGACCCUCUUCUGGACUUCUGAGUAACAUCUCCUGGACUUCUUAAGAUCCUCUUCAGGACUUAUGAGGACCAUCAUCCGGAUUAUCUCCCAGACAUCAGAGGACCCUCUUCCGGACUUUCGAGGACCGUCUAGAACUCAUGAGGACCAUCAUCCGGACUAUCCCAGACAUCUGAGGACCCUCUUUUGGGCUUCUGAGGACCGUCUCCAGGACUUCAAAUGACCAUCAAGCGGGACAUCUUAGGGCCGUCUCUUGGACUUUAUAAGAUAAUUUCCAGUACAUCAGAAGACAUAUUUGUCUUCUGGGGACUCUCUCCUGGAUAUCUGAAGACUCUCUUCCUCAUGGAAGGCCACACGCCUGUUGUUUCUUCAUAGCGUGUACUGGGUGCGUACUGCUUUCUACCCGGGACAAACACCACUGCCAGCGAGUCUCACUGAAGAUCACUCAGUUCCUCAUGGUACCGCGUUGCUACGCCUCUCUGUAGCCGAGCUUUGCUUCACAAAGUUGCAAGUAACCUUACGACUGAACUUCGCAUCCAAAUUUCAAAGUAUAUUAAGUGGAUAUAACACCAUUUUUUUUAAAAACAGACGAAUGUGAUUCGUUUUAAUGUUUUCUCCAACGGACACAUAUAAGAAGAAACUUUGAGUCAAGAUCGUGAGGAUUGAUGGCUUCACGUGUUGCCGUAACUUCUGUCGGGAGUACGAUCAGCACCGCGAGCUGUGCGAACAGCUCAUGAGCACGUGUUGCACGACGCCCGGCUCGGACGGACGCGAGCGUUCAACAGGAAGCCGGGCUGGCGAGUGGUCGGCGUCCCGACGCCGUCAGCGUCGGCGUUUAUUUGCCUUCUCUCCCUGCGCCGCCGACGACAGUUGAACCCCCGUGCGAGGGGCGCGGGGAGUGACGCGUGUGACUGACCCCGUGUUUGGACGUGGCGCGACCUUCAUUUGCUUGUCUUGGGGUCAGAUGUUACGUGACGUUUCGCAGGCCUGCGUAAACGAACACAACGUUCGAGGCACAGCGCAUGGAAACGGCCAACAGUAGAUAAGAUAAGAGAAUAUUUUGAAUAAUAUUUAUUUAGUUCGGUUUCUUACAUUUAUUGGCCUCGUGCCCGCUUUAAGAUUUGAACAAUCACUCUUUUUUUUCUUUCACAAGAGACAAAAAAUACAUUUUCCUACCCUCUUAUUUAUUUUUCUGUUAUCGGUGGAAAAUAUAAAUUUUGUGCCUUCAAAAAAAAACAGGGCUGCUUGGUCAUUAAUUACGAGCAAGAUUAGGUGCGUGUGUUACUAAAAUUUAUGUCAUUUGCUUUUAGCUACUCUUCCUGCCUAGCAAUUUUUUUCGAACCAAACAUCAGACAUGAAAUAAAAUUGAUUUAAACAUAAGGAAAUAUAAUUUUUUUAAACAUCUAUAGCAAUUGUUUAGCAGUUCAUUCGCUUGACAAAAUUGAUAGUCUUUAUUUUCCAAAGCAAUACGAUAGAACGCAUUCUUUUAUUUAACAAAAUUUUCCCUUUUCUGAAAAGUUAGCAUAUUUUAUUUUUGUUUGUUUGUAUGUUUGUUUUUUCGGAGUAUAAUCGCAAUUGGUAUUAUUCAGAACGAAUUUUAAAAUUAGGUGCUUUAUCUCUACUGGUUACACAUAUUAUAUCAUAUUUUACACUAUAAAUUUAAUUCCACUUCAUAAAUUUUACUAAGUACCUACAUUAAAGCCCUUUCCAUCUUAAAUGAAAAAAUAGUUAUUCUUAGUGGCCGGUUACGUCACUACUGAUUAAACAUACUCGUGCAAUGAAGAAGAGUGUGUUUGCUGAUGUAUUAACGAGUUUUUUUUAAAUAUAUAUUUUUAAAUUUCAAGAUGAUGAUUAUCAUAAGUUGAUAUUAACAUUUUGUAAACUCAUCCGUAAAUUCACAAAGAUAUCCGUAAAUUUACGAAGAGUACCCAGAGUUUUCUCGUUAAUUUACGGUGCCAGUUUUCAACAGAGUAGAUAAUGUUUACCACAAGCCACCCAACGGUGGCACCCACAUCAUCAGAUAGAACCUGGGCAUUCUCCGACGAGGAUUGUGCACUGUAGUACUUUUCGUACGCCAGGUUGGCUUCAUUAAUCUUUAGGAACUGUAUUUAUGCAAAGAAAAUACAUACAAAGCAUGGGCCAGCUAAGCGUUUAACUCCAAAAAAACCAAAACACUACCGCAACUCUUCCUUACGCAAUUAUAUACUAAAAUAUUCACAACAGUUUUCAAACUGACGUAAAAAGCUACAAAAAGUAAGUUGGCAGUAACAAGGGAGUAUGUAACUCAAUUGGUUGAGCGUCGCAGAUCUACAAGUGCCGAGAUUGUUUCGUUCGAACUUUUCACAGUGAUGCAGCUGUCCAUGAGAGUCGUCACACAUUGCAAUUUUGGAUAGACAAUAUUAUUAAGACCCAUCUACAUCACACCUAUUUAUUUUACUCGUAGAAUUUCUGGUAAAAGUUUCAGCAUGAGCUCUUGUACCAUAACUUGUAUUUUACGUAGAUAUUUUAUUCUUAAAACUAAAACUUCAACUACCAGGCAGUGUUAAGUUUAAUAAAUUCAAAUGUUACUGUACGUAAUUAUUAAGAAAGUUUAUUUUCAAGAUAAUAACUUAGCAAUUUAAUAUCGAUUUGUAUUUCAUUCAUAUUCACUGGGUUCUGUCGAUUUUGUAUAGUACAUGUGUUCGUGUCUUAUGCAUGUCAACUAGCCAGGAGUAUCACGAAAUUGUCACCUUUUUUAAAUCUUAAUUUUUCUAUUGUGUAUAUUGAUUGUUUAUUUCUACGAACUCCUUGGUAUAACAAUUAAUUUUAAUUGAAUGAAAUAAGCUUUACUGCAGUGAAGAUUUAAUUAAUCCUGUAGUAAUAAGUAUUUUAAUGAGAAACCAUGAUGCGACAAAACGUUGUCGAUUCAUUAUAAAAUACUAACAAAUUCCUUUGCAGCAUGUGUCCAAGUGAGAAUAAUUAGUAUUUGUUAAAUAUUUUCUUUUUCAAGUAAUUUUAUAUGCUCUUGUAUAACACAUCAAAAGUUGCACACUGCAUCUGAACCUUUUAUAUUUACUUUAAAUAUUUUGUAUAGUAUUAGCAUUAUACACUACUUUGGCAAAUUUUUCAAAAACCACGUUAUAAAAGAUUUUAUAUAUAAAAUCUUAGCUUUGUGCCAAAUUUGUUAUCAGUGACGUAACUAAAUAAAGAAGACAGUCCACGACAAAUGUCAUUGUUCUUUUUAGAAUUUAAAAUUGAAAAACUGGAAUAAGUCACUUUUACUUGACUAUGACUUUUACCUAUGACUGAUUGGGAAAUUAUUUUUUAUUAGGUAUGCCUUCAUUUAAAGUGAAAAUUGAUAAUAAAAUCUGUAAGGUGAAAGUGAGUCGUAAAAGUUCUAAAAAAAACAAGAGUUUAUUUAUUUAUAAAAAUAAAAUGUUCCUUCCUAGUUGCCAGUUACAUGUGACGCCUCAGACUGUACCAGAGUGUUAUUAAUGUUUCAAUAAUGAAUCACAGCUUCUCAUAUUAGUGCUACGGAACGAUAGAUUACGUGUUACGGCUCUUCGAAGAAUUUAUAAAGAACAUUAACCUAAAUGUUAGAUAAUUAAGUAUUUUAAAAGUGCCAUUCAUUGCGUAACAUUUAAUUAGAAUAUAUUGUAAACCUAAUGUGAAAUUCAAUCUUUUAUGAUACGAGUAAUAUUUGUAAAUAUGUUAUGUAAAUUAAUAAUUUUGUGUAAUUAUGAUAUUCUAUAAAGUUUAUUCAUGAAGAGCAAGUAUUUAGUUGUUGUGUUAAUUAAUUUAAUGUUUGUAGCUGUUUCUAGUUAUGAGUAACUUAUAAUAUAUAAAUUGAAAAAUGUCUGGAAAUAAUUAGUUAUUUAUGUUUUCACCAGUAGGCAGCUCAGAUUUUACAAAAGAAAGUUAGGUAAGACUCAUUGUCAUAAGAAGAAAUAUAUGAAUUUUGAACUUGAAAAGAUGGUCAUAGAACGUACCGUGUUCUACCUUUUAAAAUGUUAUUUUGUUUAGUUAAUUUCAGCAUAAUAUUUGGCGCAAUUGUUUGUCAAACAAAAAAAUUGUUAUUUACUGUACAAACAGAGUGUAAAUUUAAAUUUGGUUGAUUUUACAUUAAGCAGGGAUAUGUUAUAACUCUUACAUUUUUUCUGACAGAUACUGACCUCAAGCUGCGAGCUAUGGCUUUUAUUAAUCCUGGUAAAUUAGGCUGUUGUUCAUGUAGCAAGAGUUGCCUUGUACGUGACGAUUGAAUUAUGUAAGCAAUUACGACUGUGUACAUAUAUCGUGUUUUGAACGUAAACUUCAUGUAAAUAUAUAUUUUGUAAGAAUUUUUUUGUCAUUAUUUUGUCUUUUUCACGUAUUCAAUAAAUGAGGACUGUAAAGAUGUAA